AUGGCUUUCCAGGUCCCAACACACGUCCCUCGACGUAGGACCUCGUACUCUGCUCCCCAGCCUCCUCCUGUUCUUGAUAUCCCUCCUACCUCCCCAGACCAACGCGAUGAUGACACUGCACAAUGGGUGCUGUUCUCCCCAACUGCACGCACGCACACGACCUCGACCGAUCGCACCCGCACUGCUGGCCCAUCCAGAUUGAGUGACUUUGGUUCCUUUGCCGCAGCCCCUUCAGCCAACGGUGUCGACGAUGAUUACGCGCUCGAUGAUCAAUUAGACGAAGAUGGUACCGAACUAGACAGCCUCGACGACGGGCUGCACGCCUUUCGAGCUCCCUCUCUGGCACCAGCUUCCCCCACAAGGAUGGAACAAGGGCCACCGGCGAUGCUGCCCGCUCACGAUGGGCUAGGUAGCUUCCAAGCCUCCAGUCAGUUGGUUCAAGAUCAGCUCUGGCAGCACGAGCAAUACAACCCACAGCGACAGUCCUCUGCCCAACUCCAACACCGAGGUCACUCGAGCGUGCAAAGGCAUUUGGAUACUGUCGAAGAGGGCGAGGCAGAUGUUGAGCGACAAAGAUGGCAGAGGAUCGAGGAAUGGCGUAUGGAUCAGAGCAGGGCUUUGCUCCAGGAGAUUGAACGGGAAACCCGUCAGCGACGGAGCAGUCGUGUCAGCCGAUCGAGUGUUCAGCGGUCUGAUGAGCACACACCGCAAGCGAGUGUCCUCGACGAGUCAUCUAUAUCGAGGGAAUUAUCUCUACCGGAAGCUAUCUCCGAAGACGAGGAGUCUUUCUGGCGCCGUAUUACUCGAAAGGUAAUCCGAGACUUGAUCGGAAUCGAUGACUCCUUGCUGUCUGUGAUCUUUGGUGAGUCGUUGCCGCUGGACACGCAACCUCAUAGUGAGGAAGAGCCACUUGACAUGGAGACUGUGCUAGCCCGCGAGCCGGAGCCAGAGCAUGGCGAUACACCGAUGUGGCAGAGCAACGUGCUCCAGAGGAUUGCCCAUGAGCUGGGUGUUCUUGUACAUCAACUUUGCGAACACCCAGGUGCAUUUACUACAUACUAUCAGAUGACGAAAGAUAUCUCCGCUGAAUACGCGGGUAUGUCCAUCAACCGUCUAGCGGAGAGUGGCGUAUCUCAGAAGCCAGCCGAGUCAACUGCACGAAGUACUGGCGAGACUACUGGUGAUUCGAUGCCCUCGCCCCAUUUCAUGCCUACACUUCGCGAUAACAACCGCGAACACGAAGCCCAAUGGGGCAUUGAAGAAGACGACCCUAUGGGAUCCCAUUUGAUGCCCGAUGCAGCACGAGCCCAAGACGAACAGGAGUACUGGGAACGUGGACUUGAUGUCAUGAUGGUAUUCCGCUACUUGCGCAAUCGCUUCAGUCGUCGUGGCUAUAUGCCCAAUGAAACACAACCCCCUUCCCCAUCUCGCCGAACCCAAGAUGCAUCCCGCCGAGCGGCCAUCAUCCGGCAACACCACCCACUAGUUGCGCGUGCUCAUACUCGCUCCCAAACUCUGACCCGCCGCGCCUCACAGUUCUCUGGUGUAUCGGGUCCUACUGGCGUUGCUUCACCGCUCCUACGUCCUCAUCUCCGUCGCCCCAGUUCUAGCUGCGCUAGCCAAAGCGCUAAACUUUCUGCCAUCUCAAGCCGGCGGACUAUGACUGGUUCCAGCCGGAAUUACUGGGAUAUUGGCACAAGCGAAAGCAAUAGUGCUAUUGGUGUCGGUGUCGGGGCCGGUCUAGGUACCUGGGGCGAAGUGUGA